UGUGGGUGGGAUAAAAACACAUUUUCAAGGCUGCAGUCAUUUGUCUGACCUCAGAAACGGCGGCGCACUUACGUGACGGCAACUUUUUUCAUUUUUUUUUUUUUGGUCUCGAAGUGACACGGUCAUCGUCGGCACAAUCUUUAAGGUUAUUUAUUCCCGCAAAUGACGUCUGUUGGGUCGGUCCAUCCCGCAUUGCUUUGAAUAAGGUUUUGGAGUUUCUUUGGUGGACUCAAAGAAGGGGCGAGGGGCUGGUGACUGGUAGUCUUUUUCCAAGACGUUUCCAAUACUGUCUGCGCGGAUGGGAUUUAUAAGACUUCAGAAAGGGCCUGGUUGGGAAAGGGAGUGACUAUGGACAACAUUUCCGACUUUGGUGGCUCCUGUCCAUCCAGCCGGAGGGAAUGGGACACCAACAGCUGUGUGGAAGACUUAAUGGAUGAAGAUGAGAAAGAUAGGGCAAAAAGGGCAUCACGUAACAAAUCGGAAAAGAAACGAAGAGACCAGUUCAAUGUACUCAUCAAGGAACUAUGCACCAUGCUGCAGGGCCAGGGCCAUCCGCGCAAGAUGGACAAGUCGACCAUAUUGCAGAGAACUAUUGACUUCUUACAGAAACAGAAAGAUAUCACAGCACAGAAUGAAUCUUGUGAUAUAAGACAGGACUGGAAGCCGUCGUUCCUCAGUAAUGAGGAGUUCACCCAGCUAAUGCUGGAGGCUUUAGAUGGGUUCCUGGUAGCAUUAACCACAGAUGGAAACAUCAUAUAUGUGUCUGACAGUGUGUCUUCGCUCAUUGGCCAUUUACCGUCAGAUAUGGUGGACCAAAAUAUCUUAAAUUUCCUUCCGGAGCGAGAACAUGGGGAGGUGUACAAGCUGCUGUCAUCCCACAUGCUGAUGACUGACCCCAUUACCGCUGACUUCCUUGAGAGCGAGACACAUAUUGAGUUCUGCUGUCAUCUAGCCAGAGGUAACAUGGACCCGAAGGAACCGCCUAUAUAUGAGUAUGUGAAGUUUGUUGGAGACUUCAAGUUUCAUAACAAUGUGCCUACAUCCUCUUGUAACGGCCUCGAGCUGACGUUACCGAGAACCCUGCAGUCGUCGCUGGAAGAGCAGGUCUGCCUCGUCGCUACUGUACGAUUAGUCACUCCACAGUUUUUAAAGGACUUGAAUAAUGUGGAAGACCCUUGUGAUGAAUUCACAUCCAGACACAGCCUUGAAUGGAAGUUCCUAUUUUUAGACCACAGAGCAUCGCCAAUCAUAGGCUAUUUGCCCUUUGAGGUUCUUGGAACUUCUGGCUAUGAUUAUUAUCAUGUGGAUGACUUGGAACUUAUAGCACAGUGUCAUAAGCAAUUAAUGCAGUUUGGAAAGGGUAAAUCCUGCUACUAUCGCUUUCUGACCAAAGGUCAACAGUGGAUUUGGCUGCAGACUCACUACUACAUCACUUAUCACCAGUGGAACUCCAAACCUGAGUUCAUAGUCUGUACCCACACAGUUGUCAGUUAUGCUGAAGUACGAGCUGAAAGGAGGAGAGCAUUUGGCCUGGAAGACAUGUCUCCCCCUGAGAUGGCGACCUCCGCCAUGAAGGCUCAGGAGCUGUACUUGGACAUCUGCUCCACACUGGACCCUCCACGGGACAGAAACAGUGGUGCACACUCUGUGUCCUCCCACAGUUCCCGGAAGUCCUCCCACACGGCGUUGUCAGACUCUGCAUCUAACUCCCAUACAGAGGCUUGCACGCCAUCAUGGCAGCCUGCACCCCCUGGGACAGAGAGGAACACCCCCAGACUCCAGCCUAACAGUUCAAAGACUUUGGUACAAAGACAAAAUUCUUUUGACCUCCUUCCCCAACUGAGCCUCCCCCUUUCCCCUACCUGCAGCAAGCACUCCGUAAUGCAGCAGCAGCAACAACCACAGCAUCAACAACCACAGCAGCAGCAACAGCAACAACAGUCCAUGUAUCAGCUGCAGCAACCCCAGCUUGGUGUAAUGAAUCAGCUCAAGGAGCAGCUCGAGGAGAGGACUCGGAUCCUGCAAGCCGACAUCAAGACGCAACAGCAGGAGCUGCACGACAUCAAGGAAAAGCUACAGCUAGCUAACCUCCAGAUGUUGUUACAGCAACCUAUCCACAAUGACUUCAGCCAAGUCCAACAGCCCCAGCAGCAGGGUCCAGGAAGGCCAGGCCAGCAGAGUCAGUCAGGAGUGAGCAGGCAGAUCUCAGGCCACCCAAAACAACUAGUUUGUGGUGCCCACAGCUCAUCUCCUCACACUCUUAUGAGAGAGAACAGCACACCUUCCCUUCAGGUCCAGCAGAGGCUUGUGCGGAGCGGGCAGAUCCAGUCAGUCAGCCUGCCCGUGCAGACCCACACAAGUCUGACCAUGCCUUUCUACAGCAACCCCAUGAUGUUCUCUCAAAACAACACAAGGCCUCUGCAGGACGCAAACCAAAGACACGUGGACAACGAGUUCAGCCAAGACGGACAACUACGCAUGCUUCUCAAUCAGCCAAUGCAGACCCUCGUUCCCAAUAGUAGUGUAACCUCCCAGCCUUCCCAGUGCAACACAGGAAUCCAGCAAACCAAAUAUACCUUGGAGCAGCAGAUGAUUGCCCCUUCAUUCUCCAUGCAACAGGUCAACUGCAACGCCGUCCUCGUCCCAUCUCCGGUCUUUACAUCCCCCAUCAUGAUCCCACACAACAGCUUCAUCACACAUCAGUCCCAACCAGUAUACCACACUCAGCCUCAAGCUUCCCAGCACUCCCUGCAACUACAGCAGCCCCAGCAAGUCUUUCAGAUGCAGACUCAAGGACUUCUACACAGUGGUUCUACUCCAGCAUUCUUGCACACCACUAAUGUCCAACAGCAAAGUACUGUAGGAUAUAUCCAACAGCAAACACAGCAGCUGCCACAAGCACAACAACAACAGCAACCACGGCAGUCACAACAGCAACAAAGGCAACACCAACAUUCCCAAAAUCAGACUGGUAGCGUUUCAGACUUCCGAAAUAUGCUCACUCGGUAGCCUUGUGGACUCUGUGAGAGCGCUGCGAUAUCCAUCACGAUUGUCACGUUUUUGGUGACAUGAUGCUGUGGCAUUUGGGACUUGGAACAAUGAGACAAGCCGUACUUGGCGCCAAGAUUUGUGUUCUUCGCUGUAAGCCAAAGUGGCUUUUCUUCUACAGCAAAAAUGCUUGAAGGAGUAAGAUUGCUUGUGGUAACCUUACUUCUGAUAAGAAGUCACCCUUUUCGACAAAGGUGUUUGGUACAUCAUUGGAGACCGAACUACAAGUGGAUGCUGCACUGACAUGGUGCAUCCUCCAUGGAUUUAAAGAGAGGGCUCUCUGGAAAAUUGAAUAGAGAGCCUGUUUACUGAAGGGCUGGGGCCUUUCUCACUGGCCCACGUCACACUCAACUGUCAAUCAGUGACACUGCUGGAACAAGAGGAUUAUCCGAAUUUUUAAGGGAAACAGUGCUUUCAUGUUUUUACACGCGGAAGGGUUUUCAACAAACAACAGCAACGACAAAAAAUUGGUCCAAUCCAGCAGCAAGGUUUUCCCUCAGGUGUCUGAUGCCUGAUUCUUUAUUAUUAUUAUUUUUAUGGUACCAUUCCCUACUGUCCAGACGUAUAGCUCUGUCAGUCAAAAAACAAAAGUUAUAUUCUCCUACAAAUAAUGGGCUAAUGGUGAGGUCUGUUGUCCAGCCCUCUACUCACAUAAUGCAGUCAUAACCCUAACCCUCAAGAGUUUUACCUUCUCUAAAAAUGGCCAGGGAAUCCAUAACUGUUUCAUUUUGCAGAAAUGAGAUAUUUCUCAUAUUUCUCCCAAUUUGCUCCAAGAACCCAAUGUGUUGAUUGCAAAUAUAUAUAUAUAUGUAUUUUUUUUCUUUUCAGCGAGGUCACCUGCAAGGGACCUAUAGGCUGUUAUGAGAAAGCUAUAUCUAGAUUUUUAAAGCCUCAAUCCGGGACUGAAGAAGGGGUAU